AUGCUAUACCUAUUUAUAGUGAGCUCGCUUCUCGUUUUAGUUCUGCAAGCCAUUCACUUGUUUCAAUAUUUCUUUUACGAUAGUUGCCAAAUAGGCAUUUCACCAGUUCUAUGUUAUUCGCUGCGUCAUCCAAUAGCAAGCUGUAUGGUGUCAUUUGCCGCACUCCAAGUGUCAAUGGUCGUCGAGAGAGGAAUUGCUCUAUGGAAGCGGAGGCAUUAUGAGAAAUACGGACCGACACUGGGAAUCGUGCUUACUGUUCUCUGUGUACUUAUCGCUCUGGCGACCAUAUCAGUAGUAACAGGAGGUAUCACUCAAUCGCGUCCGACAAGCUAUUGCAUUAUAAAUGGAUUGGCAACACCGCGAAACAUUAUGAUUAUGAAACUAAUCAUAUGCGCCGUUGAUAUUCUAACGUUGAUUGGGAUUGCGUCACUGUUUUUGCUUACCAAUUACUUUUCAAAAAGGAAGAGUUACGAUCUCAAGUCUUCUUAUCAGCUUUCUGAAAGUACGAGCGUCAUACGGAUGAUUGUGCCUUUAGCAGUAUCUCAGACGCUGUUCUAUAUAUCCUUCACGAUUAGCGGAGCAAUAGUCUCGCUACUAUCCGAAGAUUUAGACAGAACCCUAUAUGUAACACUAACUUCUGCAACCUAUACCAUUCCGUACUACACCGUAAUGUCACCAAUACUUGUGUGGUUCACCAUUCGAUGGUCUCGUCAACUGAAAGAAACAAAGUUAAAGAAACUUGCCAGUUCAACCACCAAUGAAGAUAAUAUUUACUUCAAGACAUACGACGAAAUGUGGGGCAGGCCACAAUAUCGUGAGCAGCUACGUAGAGUGAUAAGUUCAAUUACAAUGCAAAGCUUGUCCGCUAAGUUUCAUUCGGUCGGAAUA